AUGGCAGCAAUAAAUGCAGAUCUGUCGGUUAAUGGCUAUACCUUUGAAGACAUCCAAACUUUGGCUAAGGAGAUUCUGAAGCACACAUCUCUGCGUCCAAAAAUUGCACUUAUUUGCGGAACCGGCCUAGGAGGUAUUGCUGAAGUGGUGGAGAAUCCUAUCACAGUGCCUUACGAAUCUAUACCAGGAUUUCCUGUUAGCACAGUGGAAGGGCAUUCCGGAAAUUUUGUAUUUGGUACACUUGGUGGCAAGCAAGUCUUGUUGAUGAGAGGCCGACUGCACUACUAUGAGGGCUACCCCAUGUGGAAGGUAGCAAUGCCAGUUCGUGUCAUGAAGGCCAUGGGGAUUGAAACUCUCCUGUUGACGAACGCAGCUGGGGGUCUGAACCCUAAGUACAACACAGGGGACUUGAUGAUCAUCAAGGAUCACAUUGACCUGCCUGGUUUAACUGGUGAAUGUGUGCUGAUUGGGAAAAAUGAUACAAGGUUUGGCCCUAGAUUUAUUGCAACAAAUGCAACUUAUGAUCAUGAUCUGAGGUCAAAGUUCAAGCAGGUGGUCCUGGAACUUGGUUAUGGAAACAUUUUACAGGAGGGCGUCUAUAUCAUGAUUGGAGGACCAACAUUUUCAUCCGCUGCCGAAGCUCGUGUCCUGAGAAUGUUUGGUGCUGAUGCUGUUGGCAUGAGUACAGUCCCUGAGUCUGUGGUUGGCCGCCAUAGCGGCAUGAGAAUAUUUGGCGUCUCACUCAUCUCUGACAUGGUUGACAUGGAGGACGGAUCCAAAUUUCUGGUUACUCACGAAGAUGUCCUUAAGACCGCCAAUGAAAGGGCCUUGCUGAUGCAGAAAGUGUUCGUUAAAUUUAUACACUUAAUUGAUUAA